AUGGCAUCUUCCUUCGAUCUACAAGCUCAUGCCUAUCAGCAAUUACUUUUUCAACAUCAUGACCAACGUCGAGAACAUCAAGGAAUACUUCUUGACGCAUUAGAUCAUCUCAGCAAAGAUGUAGCAUACUCCUUGAUCGACGAUAAACAUACAUAUGACAAAGCGAAAGAUCUGUUUCAUCGUAAAUACAAUCGGUUGCAACGUGUAUUCACUCAUUCAGCAUCACGACACAGACAGAAUACUUUACAACCUCUUAAACUAAUCUAUCACCAACGCAGAGAUCUCGCCUUGAAAAUCUCCGAACUGCUUCAGGAAACACGAUCAGAAACGAAUUCCAUGGAAGUUCGAACACAUUGGAACGGUUCGAUUGCUGUUGUUUACAAUCCGACAACUGGUCGAGCAGAAUGGAGACAAUCGUGGCACGGAGGUAUCCACGGUGUGUUCAAUCCGGUGACAGACAUUAUUGAAUGGCGAGAUGAAUUGCAUGCCGGCAUUUACGGUGUAUUCAAUCCGAAAUUGAAUAUAGUCGAAUGGAAGAAAGUUUGUCAAGGUGGUGUUCAUGGUGUUUAUAACCCUUGGAUUGACGACAUCGAAUGGCAAAUAUCAUUUCAUUCCGGUAUUGGAGGCGUUUAUAAUCCUUUGACAAAAGAAGUCGAAUGGAGAAGUGCGUUUAAAGGUGGUGUUGUUGGAUAUUUUGAUUAUGGAAGCCAAACAGUAAAAUGGAUCGAAAAAUGGCACCACGGUCUGGCUCUUAUCAUUUGGGACGAGACUAUUCAUACAUAUCGAACAACGUCGAGUUCCGGUUGGUAUGGAAAGUAA